AUGAAGAAACUUAUAUUCACAGCAACCAUGCUGCUAUGGCAGGCGGUGAUGGGUCUGAGUCCUGCCGAAUGGCGCAGUCAAUCGAUCUAUUUCCUGCUGACGGAUCGCUUCGGACGCAGCGAUAAUUCGGUCACUGCUAACUGUAACACUAACGACAGAAUUUACUGUGGUGGCACUUGGCAGGGAAUUAUCAACCAGUUGGAUUAUAUCCAGGGAAUGGGCUUUACUGCUAUUUGGAUUACUCCGGUGACAAAACAGCUCUCGCAAAACACUGGCGAUGGCUCGUCCUACCAUGGGUACUGGCAGCAAGAUAUAUACAAUGUUAAUCCAAAUCAUGGCACGUCCGAUGAUCUCUUGGCACUCUCCAAGGCACUACAUGCUCGGGGCAUGUAUCUCAUGGUUGAUGUCGUGGCAAACCAUAUGGGCUACGCUGGGGCUGGAAAUAAUGUGGAUUACAGUGUUUUCACCCCAUUCAACUCUGCAUCUUACUUCCACUCCUACUGCUCGAUCAGUAACUACAAUGACCAGUCCAAUGUCGAGAAUUGUUGGCUUGGCGACACCAUUGUCUCGUUGCCAGAUCUUGAUACAACCCAGAGCUCAGUGAAGACCCUCUGGAACAAUUGGAUUUCUGGUUUAGUGUCCAAGUACUCUAUUGAUGGAUUGCGUAUCGAUACCGUAAAGCAUGUCCAGAAGUCUUUCUGGCCUGACUUUAACAGCGCAGCAGGCGUCUACAGUGUCGGAGAGAUCUUUGAUGGGGAUCCAGCGUACACCUGCGAUUAUCAGAACUACAUGGAUGGUGUUUUGAAUUAUCCAAUGUAUUACCCAUUGCUGCGUGCGUUCCAAACUACCAGCGGCAGCAUUAGCGAUUUGUAUAAUAUGAUCGGCACUAUGUCAUCCGCUUGCGCAGAUUCUACCCUACUGGGCAACUUCAUUGAAAAUCACGACAACCCACGUUUCCCAAGCUACACAAGCGACUACUCACAGGCCAAGAAUGUGCUCUCGUUCCUCUUUUUAUCUGAUGGUAUUCCCAUCGUGUAUUCCGGCCAGGAACAACACUAUGCUGGAGGAAAUGACCCAGCCAAUCGCGAGGCUAUCUGGCUGUCAAAAUACUCUACCACAGCAGAGUUAUACCAACAUAUUGCGACUACAAACAAGAUUCGUAAAGCGGCCGUCGCAGCAGAUUCUAGUUAUAUCACGAGCAAGAAUGUCGCCUUCUAUCAAGACAGUCAUACAAUAGCCAUGAAGAAGGGAUCGGGCAGUUCACCCGUCAUCACGGUCCUUUCCAAUGCCGGGUCAUCUGGAUCUUCCUACACAUUGUAUUUGGGUGGGAGCGGGUAUUCAUCCGGCACCAAGCUAAUGGAGCUGUACACCUGCACAUCUGUAACAGUGGAUUCCAGCAGCAAAAUUGCAGUGCCAAUGGCAUCUGGAUUACCACGGGUGUUUAUUCUCGCAUCCUCCUUGAGCAACAGCGGGCUAUGUGGCUCAACUGUCCCCAUUACCACGGCCACCACACCCACCACAGCGACUCAGACCGCUACGAUAACCACUACAGCGGGGGGUUGCACCCAAGCCACUGCCCUCCCGGUCUUAUUCAAGGAGCUUGUGACUACUUCUCUUGGCCAGGAUAUCUACAUUUCAGGCUCAAUCAGUCAACUGGGCACCUGGGACACGAGUAAAGCCGUCGCACUGUCUGCAGACAGCUACACUUCUUCCAAUCCCUUGUGGCAGGCGACUAUUACACUCCCCGUCGGAACAACCUUCCAGUAUAAAUUCAUCAAGAAGACAAACGGAGCUUUGACAUGGGAAAGCGAUCCUAAUCGGUCAUAUACAGUGCCAACUGGAUGUACUGGAAGUACAGCCACCGUGACGGCUAGCUGGAAAUGA